AUGGCUUAUCACGACAGGCGCGAUAGCGAUGGAAGUGACCCCAUCAAACCAACCCACCACGAAAUGGAAGCUUCAAGAUCAUGGCAUCAAGUCCCCCAAUCUGAAGAAGACAUCACAAACUACGAUCUCUACACAUCUCAAACCCAAGACCUGAAAUAUACAACAUCACCAUCUGCACAACCCCAAGAUGACGAAUCUCAGAUGCCUUUGCGUCAAGCUAUUAAGCUCUACCCAAAGGUAGCAAAAUACUGUCUCGCAAUGAGUAUCCCCGUUAUCGGCUGGGGUUACGAUCUCGUCAUCGUCGGCGCUAUCGUGGGUACAGACAGCUUCUUGGAAGAUUACGGAGAAAUGAUCCAUGGAAAAAUGGACACACCAGGAAAUUGGCUUUCGCUUUGGCUGGGCUUACCUCCUGCUGGUGCAGCGAUUGGAUCGCUUCUCGGUGGUUGGCUACAGGACAAGAUUGGUCGAAAGUUUACCCUUAUGAUGGGUACGAUUGUUUCUAUCGUUGCUAUCGCCUGUAUGUUCUUCUCGCAUAUUCCUGAGCCGCUGGACACGAAGAGGAUGUACCUCACUGCUGGUUUGACCAUUCAGGGUUUUACUGUUGGUAUCGGCAAGGGUGCUUGUGUGACCUGGGUCUCUGAGAAUACGCCUACUGCUCUUCGUGGAUCUGCAAUGGCUCUCUUCCCUGUCUUCACUCUCCUCGGUCAAUUGAUUGGUCUUCUCGUCACGCUUGCCAUUAAUAGCAUCGAGGGAAACUCCGGUUAUCUAGGAGCCUUUGGCUCACAGUGGAUUCUCGUCCUUGGCCCUCUUCUGCUGUCAAUCUUUAUGCCCGAAAGUCCGGCCCAUCUCAUUCGAACAGGCCAAGAAGAACGCGCGAUUAAAUCAGCUACACGACUUUACGCACCCAAGGUCAAUCCCUAUAGUCAACUUGAGCGCAUCAGAGCUACGAUCGAGGAGGAGAAGGCCCAGACUGCAAAUGCGACGUACUGGUCUUGUCUCAAGGGCACAAACCUGCGAAGAACUCUCAUCGUUACUCUCGCUGCUAUCUUCCCUGGACUGUUUGGUAUGGAACUGCUUUCCAACGCUAAUUUGUUCCUGCGAAGUAUGGGUAUGGACAGUAUGCCUUCUCUGAUCUUCAUGGCUGUGGGUGUUGUUGCUGGUAUGUUGGGUAAUGGCAUCGGUUUCUGGCUUCUUUCCCGAACGGGUCGUCGAAACAUGAUCAUCCCUUCUCUGGCCGCAGCUGGAAUUCUAUGGGGAGUCAUGGGUAUCACCGGUUUCUGGUCUAAUGAAGCUCUCACGUGGGUCGCCGGUGGUAUCAUGAUGUCCGUCAUCAUCAUCUGUGGUCUGGGAGCUUGGCCCGCAGGAUUCGCCGUCAUCGGAGAAACAUCUUCUCUCCAACUCCGAUCCCUGACACAAGGUCUGACCAGUGUAGCAGAGAAAGGCUUCUCCAUUACGUUGGCUAUUGUAUUGCCUAUGCUGUUCAGUCGAGACAAGGCAGCGCUUGGAGCCAAGACGGCAUUUGUAUUCUGUGGAACUUCUAUUCUUGGAGCCGUUUUGGCGUGGUUGUUUGUUCCGGAGAUGAAGGGACGAAGUGCGAUUGAGAUUGAUCAGAUGUUUGACAUGAAGUUAUCUGCGAGGAAGUUUAAGACGACGAGGUUACAGCCUCAUCAUGCGCAGGAGGCUUCGCCUCUUGCGAUGCAGGAGAACUAUGCGUAG